UUCAAUUAUCAAACAUAGAUUCAAUCAACCUCCAUACGCUGUGAUAUGGCUUUAGAGGAGUUACAGGAACACAACCAGCUUCACUUUCUCGUUAUACCCUUAGUGUCUCCAGGCCACUAUAUCCCCACCAUUGACAUGGUCAAGUUACUAGCUCAACAUGGUGUGAGAGUCACAAUAGUUACCACCCCAGUCAAUGCCCUCAGAUUUGGGUCAAUCCUUGAUCAAGCAAUCAAAUCAGGUCUUCCCAUCCGUUUUCUGGAAUUACCAUUUCCGUCUGUGGAGUUUGGCUUACCAGAGGGCUGCGAAAGCAUAGAUACUCUCCCUACCAUGGGCUCGGCCAGGGAUCUUUACAUUGCCUAUAAUUCACUACAACAAGAAGUUGAACAACAUAUUGAAAAGCUUAAUCCUAGGCCAAGUUGCUUAGUAUCCGACUCAUUUAUCCUAUGGACAGCUGAUACAGCAAAAAAGUUUCAGAUUCCAAGGAUUAUAUUUGACGGAAUGAAUUGCUUCACACAGAUGUGUAGCCAUGUUUUAUACCUCUCAAAGGUAUACGAAAGUCUGGGUGAAUCGGACUCAUUCAUUUUACCCGGUUUGCCUGAUCGUAUUGAACUAACAAGAUCCCAACUGCCUUUGGUAUUCAAUCCGGGCUCCAAAGACGUGACAGAUUUUUAUGAAAGAGUUCGGAAAUCUGAAUCUGAAGCAUAUGGAGUAGUUAUAAACAGUUUCCAAGAGUUGGAACUAGAAUAUGCUGAUGAAUAUCAAAAAGUCAAAGGAGAUAAAGUUUGGUGCAUAGGGCCAUUAUCGCUAUGCCAUAAGGAUGUAUCAGAGAAGGUCCAGAGAGGUAACAAGUCCUCAAUUGACAAAAACGAAUGCCUCAAAUGGCUAGAUUCUCAAGAAAAUGGCUCGGUAAUCUAUGCCUGUCUAGGAAGUGUUAGUCGUGUUGAACCUGCACAGCUAAUACAGCUUGCUUUAGCAUUAGAAGCAUCUAAAAAACCAUUCAUUUGGGUUGUUCGAGCAGGUCAUAAGACAAAUGCGAUUGAAAAAUGGAUAGAUGAAGAGGGGUUUGUAGAGAGAACGAAAGAGAGAGGUCUCUUGAUCCGCGGGUGGGCUCCCCAACUACUAGUCUUAUUGCACCCUGCAAUCGGAGGGUUUUUAACGCACUGUGGUUGGAAUUCUACACUAGAAGGGGUAUCUGCUGGUGUCCCAUUGGUAACAUGGCCUCAGUUUCAGGAGCAGUUCCUCAAUGAGAAGUUAGUUGUCCAAGUGUUGAGAAUUGGAGUUAGUGUUGGUGCUCAAAAAGUAGUACAUUUGGGUGAAGAAGAGAAGUCUGGAGUGGAAGUAAAGAGUGAGGACCUGAGGAAGGCUAUAGAGAUGGUAAUGGAAGAAGGGAAAGAAGGAGAAGAGAGAAGAAAGAGAGCUAAAGAGCUCAGUAAGAUGGCAAAUAAAGCAAUAGAAGAUGGAGGAUCUUCCCACCAGAAUAUGAAACGACUAAUUGAAGAUAUCAGGAACCAAGCCAGUUCUGGGAAAUUAAGUUAAGAAGAUUAUGCUCAAUCCCAUAGAUGGGAGCUUGUUCUCCCUUUGAUCUAAGUUGUUAACCACAUUUAAAUUGAGUGGAUGGUUUGAAGAAUAGUUUAUGAAACUAUGCCUUUCUUUUUGAUAGUCCGCCCAUCUAUAUAGAAUAUGUGUCCAACUUUAAGUCCCAGUUCAAUGUUACAGUUUCUAAAUAUGUGUUUUGAUGC